AUGCUUCGGCAUACGGUACUGCGGGGUCGUCCCGUAGGUGGAGCCAUCAGAAAGAGAGACUUUGGAAGUACCAAAAGGAGAUUGGGAUAUGAGGAUACCAUAGAAAAUUUGAGGAUAGGAAAAGAUACUAGAGUUAUUUUCCAGGGGUUUACAGGAAGACAAGCCACGGCGAACGCAAAAGAAUCUCUGGCAUGGGGGACGAAUAUAGUGGGCGGUGUGACGCCAGGGAAGGAUGGCGAACAUUUGGGUAAACCAGUUUUACCUACCGUCAGAGAGGCAAUGAAACAAUUGAAGCCGGACGCCACAGGAAUCUACGUGGCAGCUCAUCAGGCUCCUGCUGCGAUAGAAGAGGCCAUUGAAGCGGAAGUUCCAUUAAUCGUUGCUGUUGCGGAGCACAUUCCUAUUCAUGAUAUUAUGCGAAUACAUUCUAUUUUGAAAACUCAGUCGAAAUCGAGACUUGUAGGUGCGAAUGCCCCAGCGGUUGCAUCUACAACUAGAGCGGGACUUGGACAAAGUCUUUGCAUAGGAAUGGGAGGGGACGUACUCGCAGGAACCAACUUUGUAGAUGCACUCAAGAUUUUUGAAAAUGACGAGGACACCAAAGGGAUAGUGCUAAUCGGUGAAAUUGGUGGGUGGGCUGAGAUUGAAGCAGCGGAUUGGAUUAAAGAUUAUCGAAAACGAAAUUCAAACCCAAAGCCCAUAUCAGCUCUUAUUGGGGGUGUUAAUGCUGCUCCUGGCCGUGUUAUGGGACACGCAGGAGCUUUCACCUUGCCAGGAGAGCCAGAUGCUCUGAUGAAGAUAAAAGCGUUGGAGCAAGCUGGGGUUACUGUGGUCAACCAUCCUGAGAAAUUUGGAGAUGCGAUGAAAACUUUGUUGGGAAGUUCAGGACGAGCGAGCAGUGGAUCGAGUGCAACGGGCUCUCAGAGAAGAGGAAUGCAUACUAUGAGAUCUCGUCCAACCAGAGAAGUUCUGACAAAGAUUUCGAGCCAGAAAAGAUCACUCCAUAUCAGAGAAAAUUUAGCGCUCGAUCUUCUGCGAGAAAAGGGUAUAAAUGCCUCAGAAUACUCCGGUACAGGACGAAGACGGAUGCUCGCAGUGGGUGUCGACCGAAGUGGCAGAUCCCCUUGCAUCAUUGCCUCGCCAGCUUCAAUUCCAGAAAAUCCACACAAAGAAUCCAAAAGAUUUCUAUUCGAUUACAGGAGGGGAUUUGAUCCCAUCCGAGCAGCAGCAGUUGCCGAGCACUUACAUCUUGCGGAAUCGGCAAAGGAGUCGUUACCAAAAUUGAUCAACGGAUUGAUCGACCUGUUUAAGAAAAAAGAAGCUUUGAUUUUAGAAACACUUUUCGUCGAGAGAUUAGGAGAUCUAAAAGUUGUAGGUGCGAAUUUCACAUUUGACGAUGCUGCAUUUCGCAGUACGAAACGUCAAGCCGAUAUCCACGCACUCCGUCGCAUCGAAGACGAAGAUCCUCAAGAGGUUGAAGCAGAGGAAGACGGUAUCGUAUACAUCAAAUUCGCAGGAGAUGGAAACAUUGGCACAUUGGUCAAUGGGGCAGGUCUUGCCAUGAACACAGUAGACGCUCUUGCAGAUGCGGGAGGUAAAGCGGCGAAUUUUCUGGAUACAGGCGGGAAGGCUACAAGUGAAACUGUGAAAAAGAGCUUCCAGGUCAUAUUGCAGGACGAGCGGGUGAAGGUGAUCUUUGUGAAUAUCUUUGGGGGCUUGACGCUGGGUGAUAUGAUUGCGAAUGGGGUGUUAUUGGCGUUCAAGGAGUUGGAGAUGAGAAUUCCUGUUGUGGUUAGGAUUCGUGGCACUAAUGAGGAAGAGGGUCAGAGAAUUAUUGCUGAAUCGGGGUUGUCACUUCAUGCGUAUGACGAUUUUGAGGCAGCGGCUGCGAAAGCUAUUGAGCUUGCGAAUAGUUCUUGA